CUUCCGUUUCUUCUCGGACAGCCUCUCCUCCCGGAAGUCAAGUCCCCCAGGCAGUCUUUGGACCGUGGCGAGCCAGAGCCGGAGCCAGAUUCUUGCGUCCUGAGGUGAAGCAGGGCCGGCCUGGCCGGAGGCCUGUCAUUUGAGAACUCUGCUCUUCCAGGACAGGAGGGAACAUUGUGGAUUCGGAGGAGGCCAUGGCCCCUGUGCUCCUCGAAGCCACAGUUCCCCAGGAAUGGGUGACGUUCAAGGAUGUGGCUGUGGAUUUCACUGCGGAGGAAUGGGGACACCUCAGUCUCUCCCAGAAAGAGCUCUACAGGGAUGUGAUGCUGGAGAACUUUAGGAACCUGGUGUGUCUGGGGCUUGCUGUGUCCAAACCAGAUGUGAUCUCCCAGCUAGAGCAAGGGGAAGCACCUUGGAUGCCAGAGGGAGAAGGCCUGAGAUGCAGGUGUGCAGAUUGGGAAACGAGAAUUGAAAACAAAGAGCUAUCUCCGGGGUUGGAUAUUUUUAUGGAAGAUUCAUCCCAGAAAAUGCUCACAAAGGAUUGUCCCUGUGUCCCCAAAGUGGAAGAAGCCUGGAAGUAUGAUGUCUGGUUGGAAAAGGAGCAGAGAAAUGAAGAGGGACAUCUCCAGCAAUUAAAGAUCAAUUCGAAGGAUCCUCCCAACAAGAGAAGAGGCCAGGAAUGUAUUAAAUGUGGCCACUGCUUCAGUCUAAGGCCAAUCCUUUUUCCACAGGGAGUUUCUGUAGGAAAGAUUCUCUAUCAGUGUAACAGCUUUUAUUCAGACCUGAGUAAAGGUCAGCAGAUCUGUUUAGAGAAGAGAGUUUGUAAGUAUGGUGAAUGUGAGAAAUCCCCCAUUUACCACUCUGACUUCAUUGAGUACCGACCAACCCCUGGAGAGAAAGCUGAUGAAUCCACUAAAUACAGGAGAGCCUUUUACAGCAGCUCACUCAUUCCUUCCCUUCAGGCAGUGCAGACAAGAGAGAAUCUGUAUGAAUGUCUGCAAUGUGGUAAAGGCUUUCGUCGGAGCACGCAUCUUAUUCGACAUCAAACAAUUCACACUGGAGAGAAACCAUACAGAUGUGAUGAAUGUGGGAAGGCCUUCCGACAGAGUGCACAGCUUACCCGACAUCAGAGAAUUCAUAGUGGAGAGAAACCUUAUGAAUGUGCUGAAUGUGGCAAGGCCUUCAAACACAGCUCAUCUCUCGCUUCCCAUCAGAGAAUUCAUAGUGGAGAGAAACCUUAUGAGUGUAAUGAAUGUGGCAAGGCCUUCCGUGAGAGCUCACACCUUACACGGCAUCAGAGAAUUCAUACUGGAGAAAAACCUUAUGCGUGUAAUGAAUGUGGGAAGGCUUUUAGCCGGAGCACUGAACUUACACGACAUCAGACAGUUCACACUGGAGAGAAACCUUUUGAAUGUAAUGAAUGUGGGAGAGCCUUCCCUCAGAGGACACAGCUUACUCAACACCAAAGAAUUCAUACUGGGGAGAAACCUUAUGAAUGCACUGAAUGUGGGAAGGCCUUUUGUCUGAGCUUACAGCUUAACCGACAUCAGCGGCUUCAUACUGGAGAGAAACAUUAUGAAUGUAGUGAAUGUGGGAAGGCCUUCAACUACAGCUCAUCCCUUUCUUACCAUCGAAGAAUUCAUACCAGAGAGAAACCGUAUGAAUGUAGUGACUGUGGGAAGGCCUUCAAUCGCAGCUCAUCCCUUGCUUCUCAUCAAAGAAUUCAUACUGGAGAGAAACCUUAUGAAUGUAAUGUGUGUGGUAAGGCCUUCUGCCAGAGCACACAACUUACUCGCCAUCAGAGAGUUCAUAUUGGGGGAAAGCCUCAUGAAUGUAAUAAAUAUGGAAAGACUUUUAGCCAGAGCACACAACUUGCUGAGCACCAGGUAAUUCAUAUUGGAGAGAAACCUUUUAAGUGUACUGAAUGAUGGUAAAUCUUUGGCAAAGCAAACAUCCACCACCAGGUACUUAACGCUGGAAAGAGAAGCUUUUUUUUAAUGAACAAAACUAUGUGCAAAGCC